UUCCUUAAGAGUUAUAAAUAUGUUUUGAUAAUUUCAAUAAUAUGAUGAAAUAGAUUAUAAAUAUUUUAAAUAUUCUUUUAUAUCUUUUUUUUUUUUCUAGACAAAUUUUUACUAAUCAAUUUCUCACAUCAAAUAUAAGCAUACAUAACUUUAGAUCGAGUUCAAAUAAUACUGUUUAAAAUUAUUUUAGCGUUGCUUUCGAUAUAAGUUUCAUUUAUGUUUUUGUCGUUAAUAGAUACACAUAGUCAAAGGUGAAUUUAUACAUUGAUAAAAUUAUGUUACAUCGGCACCACUCUAUCGGUAGACUGCAAAGUGUUUUACUUGGUUAUAACUGACAGUUAUUAACGUGACUUUACAAUUGUUAGGUGAAUUGUUACCAAUAAAAUAUUUCUUUUUUCCUUCAUUUAUCCAUGCGUUUAUUAUAAUUUAAUUAAUUAAAUAUAAUUUAUAAUAAAUUAUAAUAAAAUAUUUAUAAAUAAAUUUACGCGGGAUAAGAAGAGGUUAUGGCUACGGAAGAAGGUUUCGAACAGUUCGAAGAUGAAGAGGCUGAGAUUGCUAUCGGUGGUACAUUACCAGGAGGAAGGAAACGUCUCUUUUCGAAAGAACUUCGAUGUAUGAUGUAUGGCUUUGGUGAUGAUCAAAAUCCUUAUACUGAAAGCGUUGAUUUACUUGAAGAUCUUGUCAUCGAAUUCAUAACAGAAAUGACCCAUAGAGCUAUGGAAAUUGGACGUACUGGACGAGUUCAAGUAGAAGAUAUUGUCUUUUUAGUUAGAAAAGAUCCACGCAAGUAUGCCAGAGUGAAAGAUCUUCUAACAAUGAAUGAAGAAUUAAAGAAAGCAAGAAAAGCAUUUGAUGAAGUUAAAUAUGCAGAAAAAUCAGAUACAGAAAAAAAUCCAAGUUUUGUUAGGGAUUUUAAAACAUUGGCUGAUGUUUUGAUUCAAGAAACUAUUAAACAUGAUAUAGCAUUAGAGUUUCCAGAAUUAGCAAAAGUUGUACAAGGUGAAGAAAAUAAUACAUUUACCAACACACUUGGAGAAACCAUAAUUGUGGAAGUAUGUUCCACUUGUUCAGAAACAACUUUACUACUAGCCAGGGUUAUGGAAGAUCUUGGUAUAUGGAUAGAUCCAAUAGAUGCGACUGGAGAAUACGUGCAUCCUGCUAUAGAUGAUAAAGGUUUACAUUGUGUUACAGUAUUAAUAGGUGCAUAUCUUAAAAGUACAGGAUUACCAGUAUUAGGUAUUGUAAAUAAACCAUUUUGUGAGUUACGUACGGAUCAAUUAUGGAAUGGUUCAUGUUAUUGGGGAUAUUCAGAAACUGAUACGGACAAAUGUUACUCAAGCAUUAUUAAGAACUCUGUUAAUGAUACAGAUGAGACAAGUAAAACGAUAUUUAUUGGAAGAUCUGAAGAUGAAGAUUUAAAAUCUAAACUUAGAAAGGCAGGUUUCAUAUUAUUAGAGAUAGCUGGUGCUGGAAAUAAAAUAUUAAACGUUGCCUUAGGCAUGGCAGCUGCUUAUGUACUUUCUAAAAAUUCUACUUACAAAUGGGACACAUGCGCUCCACAAGCCAUAUUACGAUCUUUAGGUGGGGGUAUAGUAGAUUAUCAAAAAUUUUUAGAGAGUACAAAUUUGGAUGAUUUGGAUUUAAAAUAUUCCACUACUAUUGCAAAUGCAGCAAAUAAUGGUGGAUUAAUAGCAUAUCGUAAUAUUGAAAUGUUACUUACAUUGAAACAAAUUCUAUGUUAAAUGAAAUCAUUCAAAUGAAUUUAUUAGAUCUAAUAAUCAGCCAAAGAUUAUUUCUUUAUACAUCUUGCUGUUCGUUGUUCAUUCAAAGUCUAUAUAUAUACAUAUAUAUAUACAAACUUUUUUUUUUCUUUUAUUAAUUAAUUAAAAUUAUUGUUUAAAUUCAAUGUCUAAUAUCAAAUUAUCCAUACAGUUCAAUCUAAAUAAAAUAUAAAUGUAUCAAUGUGAUAAUGCAUAUAUUUCUAUUGUGUAUUAUGUGAUUGUUUUUUAAUAUGUAAUUCGAAUAAGAUUAUUGUUUAUAUCAAAGAUAAUUUUAUUGCCUUAUAAGUAAACAUACAUUUGGUACAUGCUUAAAGAUACACACAAAAUAAAAUAACAGCCAAUGAAGGAAAGACAGAUAUACAAGCGAGAUAUCGAAAAUUGGUCGCAUUUGUUAUGAUUUGUUUCAUUUUCUUUUUUUUUUUCUUUUCCUUUACUUUUUUUUUUUUUUUUUUUUUUUUUUAAUAUUAUUUUAUAUCUAUACCGUAAUACAUGGCUCGAAAACUUUAAUACAAAGCGUGAGGAACGAAAUUUCCUAAAAUGAGAAUUUAUACGAGUAUUGUUAGGUCAAUUUGUUCGAAACAUAAAAUUAGAAAAAUAUACGUAAGUACAUAUAAAAAGGAACUUAAUACGUAAGAGUUUAACACUUGAAGUGAUUGCUUUAUUUUUUCAGUUUAUUAACGUAUCAUAAAGUGAAAUGAAAAUUUUUUUUCAUGAUAUUUGAACAGAGAAGGGAAAAGAAAGGACGUGCGUUCAAAGAUAAUAUUAAUUUUUUACAUUUUUUUUCUCGUUUCUUUUUUUUUUUUUUUCUUUUUCUUUUUCUUUUGUAGAAUAUACAAGAAAAAAGAUAUUUCCUUAGUUGGUGAAAGUAAAAAUCAAAAUAAGAAAAUGUGAUCGCGUAACUCGGUUAUUAUACGAUUAUACAAAUUCAUAUUUCCCUAAAUAAAACAUUAAAACUUCGAAAGAAAGUUUUCUUUUAUUUUUUCUUUCUUUCUCAUUUUUUCUUCUUCUUCUUUAUAUCUGUUCCUCUAACUGUGAUAGUUGAGACUGUGGGAUAUUAGUUCGCAAUGAUUCGUUGUUACGGAAGCUGGCACUUCUUGCAGGUGCUCCAUGAUUUCCAUUAGUUUUGUGCCUGACACUGACAUAAGUCGUGCUCGUGUUUUUUCGCUGUAAAACAAAAUGACUGGAUCCUUCGAGAUCUGAAAAUAAAUAAAUAAAUAAAAAAUAAAUAAAUAAAUAAAAAAAAAAAUAUUUCGAA